GUCACGAAUGUCAUUAUUGUCUUAAAAUUAUUAGUGUUGAAUAAAAUAAAAUGUUUUCUCUAAUAUUGAGUAAAUUAACAAUUCCAAAUAUUACUAAAACAUCACGUAUAAGACAUGUUAAAAAAUGUCACAGUAUAUUCGGCAUCAAAGAUUUAUUAAAUCAGGAGAAGUUUGAGAAUUUCACGAUUGUCCCGGUGGCCAGUGAACAUCAUGAACCGGCGAUGGAUAUCAUCAAGCGACACUAUCUCAAGGAACAUGUGUUGGUCCGAGCGCGUAAUAUGGACUUGAGUAAUGAUCGGGCACUUGACGAAUACCUUACUAAUUUAUUUAAACAAGGGAAUACACUAUUAGCAAAAACCGAGGACGACAAAAUUGCUGGUAUAUGCGUUGGUUUUGCGAGCAGUCCAGUAGAUCCGCAAAAUCUUCGAAACUAUGCCUUCUAUAGACAAGAUCCCAAUACGAAAGAUUUUUUGUACUUCACAGCCAAGCUACAGGAGACUCCAAAUCUUUGGGAAAUAUUCAAGCAACAAAAGAUAUAUGAGAUUAGAAUGUUGGCUGUAGCACCUGAGUAUCGUAGACAAGGUUUGGCUGUUUUAUUAAUUGAAAAAUCCAAGGAACAAGCACACGAUCAAAGCUAUAAGGUUUUACGGAUGGACUGCAUAAACCCUUAUGAUUAUAAAAUAGCAGAGCGGUGCAUGCUCCAGUGCCUAGUGAAGUUCCCUCUACACAAAUUGCGCGGUGCCAACGCCCCCUACAUAAAGAGAAGCUCUAAACACAAUAAGUGUGUCCGCGUGUACGUACAAGUGCGGCUCGCGGACACCCCUGACCGCACUACCAUGAAGCAACGGGCAAUUGAACUUGAAAAUCUUAUCGAAUAACAUGUAUUAAGAAUACAAUAAAUCUUCGAUUUAUUCCUAACGAUAAGUUGUAAAGAUAAGUUGUAGGCUUACAUUUUAAAUCUAUACUCUGAAAUCGUAUACGAAUUCUAACUGUAAUAUUUUAUAC